CAAGAAUGUUCUUUAAUCUAGUUAUAAAACACAUCAAGAUGAUAGUUUUCUUCUGCAUAACCUUUAAUAUCAUACUGGUUUCAGGUUCCUCUCUGAGUGACCAAGUCCACCAGACUCCAGCUAACAUGUACAAAAAACCAGGAGAACAAGCCAAGAUUAACUGUUCACACAGUAUUCAAAGCUACGAUCGAAUCCUCUGGUACAAACAAUUAGAAGACAGACAGCUGGACUUUCUGGGAUACAUGGGGGGAGACACUGGAAUACCAGAGAAACAAUCUGGUGUGGAGAUCACGGGGAGUGCAAAUAAAGACCAAAACUGUACAUUAACAGUUGAAGGACUGAAGCUGAACAGCACCUCACAUCUCAACUUCUUUAACAUGAUGUUCAUGGUCUUCAUGUUUUGUUUCCUUCAUCUGCCGGGAAAUAACGGUGCCUCUCAUACCACCAAUGUCCUCCAAACACCUCCAUUCAUCAUUAAGAGAACUGGUGAAUCUGUUGACCAUGAGAUCUACUGCGCACACAAGAUAAAAAAUUAUGACGUUAUUCUCUGGUACAAACAAGACAAAUACAAAUAUCUCAAGUUACUGGGAUAUCUGAACGUGAACAUCCUAAACCCAGAGGAAGAUGUGAAAGGAAAUAUCAGCUUCAUUGGAGAUGGCCGUACACAUUCAAACCUGACUAUAUCUGAUGUUUCAUUAAAUGACAGUGCAGUGUAUUUCUGUGCUGCCAGUCAGCACAGUGCUGCAGAUUCCCCUCAGCUCACUACAAAAACCCUUCAUCUGUUUAACAGGCAGACUAAAUGUAUAAUUGAUGGGAAUGAUGUCAACCAGAUACCCAUACUGUGGAAAGACAAGGAACAUAAUGCAACAAUCCACUGCAGCCACACUAAGGACGCUACCUAUUAUCAGAUGUACUGGUACAGACAGCUGCCAGGAGAAAGGAUGAAACAAAUAGUUUACACUACCCUGAGUCCUCCUCACCAAUAUGAGAAUGGCUUUACUAAAGCCCGAUUUCCAGCAGAGAAGGAAGAUUAUAAGAGUGGAUCUUUGACAGUAGUGAAUCUGCUACCUGAAGACAGCGGAGUGUAUUUUUGUGCUGUGAGUGAGCACAGUGAUAUAGGUGACUGA